AUGUCUACGAGUACUACUACAGAUCCAUCAGUAGAAGACAUGGAAAGAUUUAAUACGGAACAACUUAUUGAUUUUUUACGAACAAAGAACUUGUUAUCCCUUAACGACAUUGUCUAUAAAAAAAUUCGUGAUGAGAGGGUCGCCAGUUUAGACUUCCUCCAAUUAACUAGGGAAAUACUUCGACUUCUCAGUCAAGAACAAGUUUUUUCGUGUAUUCCACCACCUCUAACAUUGCGUCCAAAUGCUGUUAAGAGAAUUAGUACCAUGAAUUCGAAUUCGGGCGAUUUCAAACCAGUGGUGCUUCUUCCUUGGGAACGCUUUUUAGAGGAAGUGAAUAAUUUCAAAUUCAGCAACCAACCAGAAUAUAAUAGGCCACAACUUAUUGACUAUUCACAGAUGCAUAAUGAAAUAAACGUUCAAAUCGCUUUUGAAACAAAUAUUUGUGUAGUUUUAAAUAAACUUUUGAAAGAUUACGAUAUUUCAAGAGACACGACCAAAAACCCUGGUGAACUAGAUUUUAUUGUCCACUUUGUUUCAUUUCAAGUGCUCAUAACAAUUAAGGUCAAGAGAAAACAUGUGUUAGAAGAUAUUGGUGAACAAUCAUUUAUAGAAUUUCAUAAACACGAUUCAAAAGCACAAAGUGUAAUUAGGCUUAUUUAUAGUUAUAUGGUAGUGAAUCAAGUUAAGUAUGGCGUACUUUCAACUUAUGAUAAUCAUUGGUUUUUGCGACGGCUGGAUGAUAAUGAAGAAAACGGAGAGAAUCUUUGA